UGUGCUAAAGUCCCUGCUCCUCCUCCCGCGGCACAGCGGCCCUGUAACGUGGAGACUGUGUUUGCCUCGCUGAGUCAGAUGAGUACCUCUAAAAAUGCGAUUGGAUGAAUGCGAUCAAUCGCGUAAACAAAGAACAAUUUACGAUUGGUGCGUUGGCUUAAAGGCGUGGCUUCUGGCAACGCGACCCGGAAAUGAGGGGAAACGUUUGUAGCGGGUUCGACUUUAGGCUGGGAUCAGGCGUAGGAUGGCCGGCGCCAGCGGUGAGGCCGAGGCCAGCCAAGGCCCUUUAUCUCCUGUCCUGAGGAUCAGUCAGCUGGACGCUUUUGAACUGGACGCCGCCCUGGAGCAACUUGUCUGGGCACAGUUCUCCCGCUGCUUCCAGCACCUGCGGCCGGGUUUGCUGACCCCCGGCGAGCCGGAGCUGAGGGCCCUGCUGCAGCUGCUCAUCUGGAGCUUCACUGUCUACUCCAACAGUGCCACUGUGGGCCAGACCCUGCUCCACAUCCGCUACCGCAGUACUCUCGUCCCGGGCCCCCACCCCGGGCCCAUGAGCCGGCAGCAGAAGCUGUGGUAUGCACUCCUGACCGUGGGUGGUAGGUGGGUGAGAGAGCGCCUGCCCACCCUCCUUCUGGGCCAUGCCCCCGACCUGGGCAUGCAGCGGGCUCGCGGCGCCCUCGCCAUCGUGGGCGGCAUGACAAAGGCGUCCGGCCUGCUCAACUUCCUGCUGUUCCUGCGCAGUGGCACCUUCCCCACACUGACGGAGAGGCUGCUGGGAGUGGAGCCUGUGCAUAGCCAGCCGCAAGGCCCACGCCACCUCAAUUUCAGCUACAUGAACCGUGAGCUGCUCUGGCAUGGCUUCGCAGAGUUUCUCAUCUUCCUGCUGCCGCUGGUGAGCGCCAGCAGGCUGAGAGCAGCAGCAGCGACGCUCUUCGCCAUUCCGGCCGCGGCGGGCAGGGGCAGAGACGUGGGCGGUGCCACAGAGUGCGCAGUGUGCAGGGAGUGGCCCACUAUGCCCCAUUCUAUUGGUUGUGGACACGUGUUCUGCUAUUACUGCGUGAAGAGCCACACCAUCAGAGACGUGUUCUUCACCUGCCCCAAGUGCGGCGCGGAGGUGGCGACUCUGGAGCCGGUCAAGCUCCAGAUAGAACUCACCGAAAUGCAUCCAAACUACGAAUAAGCUCCUGGUUGAGUCGCAGAGCUUUUUUGGAGCUCAUCAGUAGUACAAAUGUGAAUUUUUGUUUCUGUUUUCUCUUUAUACAGAUUGGCUGAUGAAAGAUUGUAGCUAGUGGCUCGGCUGAAGUGAGAGCAUUUGUUGCUAUGAAAUAUGCAAGAUUUUGUACAAAGACUGACUAGAGACAAACUUAAUUAUGUGUAAUUUUUGAAUCAACAUUGUUCAUGCCUCUAAUUUUAUUCCCCCUCAUUAAAGUUUGAUGGAGACAGAGUAUCAGAGGUCCACUUUUCUGCAUUGGUGGGUAGAGCAGUGAGUGAAUGAAUAAACAUCAAAACAACCCACUUCUCAACGGCUGGCACGUUCCAAUUCCCCCGCCCCCUAAGAAAUGCAAAAUUUGCACAAGAUCAAGGAGAAACCGGGGGUGGGGAGGGGGUGUUCAGAUUGACAGACAUCCCAUCAUAAUCUCCUUGGCCCUUCUUAAGUCUGUAGUAAACUGUAACAAACCCUGGUAGGUCUGUGCAAGUUUGAGGCAUAUUAUGCGCUAAUCCUAAUAAUAGCCACAGCAAUAGUGAUUUUCUUGUGCGCUAACCAUGUCUGAAGAGCCACGCCUCAGGCGAGGUCCACGCGAGCAGGCUUGUGUCUGCUGGAAAGUCCCGCCUUUUUUGAUUGCAUGACCUUAAUUGCUGGAUUUGGAGGCAAUCAAUCAUGGCUCUGGGCGUGAUGGGCCCCUGUGGUUUGUUUGUUUGUUUGUUUUCCUGCAUCUCUAAAAUCACUCCGCUGACGUUUUUCUUUGUCAGUGAGAAUUUGCAGCUGGUUUUGCCGGACGCUUGGCCCAGACGGUCGAGGAAACCCGGCAGUGUAGCCAGUGUUUGCCUGGGUGUGUUUGCACGGACAACAGCUUAACCCACAGCUCUGGCAGUAGCGUCCGUUGUUUGUUUGUUUGUGUGCGUGUUUUCAGGUGGCAAUAACUCAAAUGCAGAACACAAGCCUUGGGUUGUCUUGCACCACUGGUCUUUAGUCACAUUGCAACUAGUCUGAGUAUCGCCUCUUAGUCAUAUUUACAUGUGAGGCAUGCAGCACAGUAUGUUUCAAUAGCUCUUCUUAUAGGUGGUUUACCAUAGUAAUGAGCCUUGCCUUCAGGACGCAUCUUUAAUACACACAGAGAUUAUGGAGAUGUGCACUUGAAGCUGCGCACAUUACGCUAACGUGCAUUUAUUUGACUGCAACAUGAAAGGAUUACUGUGAUUCAGCCCUCAUAAGAUGAAUCGCAAAUGUCUUUGACAUUUCAUUUUCUUUUGAGCAGUGGAUGUACACAUGCCAGUUAACUUUUGAUGCCUGAUUACACAAUGACUGAUAUUUUAUGUGUAUGCGUUUCUGUAUGUGUUUGUGUGCGUGUGUGUGUGUGUGUGAGUGUGUGUCUGUAUGUGCGUGGGCUGAUGUGGACACUAGAUGAGGCUAUAAAUACAGUGACUAAGACAGGGGGCCUUUUCACUGGAUCAGGUUAUCUAGGAAUAAGUUUUCCUUCCUGCACUUUGCUUCUCAUAAAUUUCAUUCAUUUGCUCCACUGUACCACCUCCCUGCUGGCUAUGAAAACUGUACACUGUGACACCAUUUACUUUGCAAAUUGCCCCUGUGCUUUCUCCAUGCAGGUGCACAAAGAAUGGUAGUACAGUAGACACAUUCCUGACCAGAUUCCCGCUUUGAUGGGUGAUUCGGUUCAUUACUGCCUACAUUCCAGAUCUUUUGAUGUUGGUCACUGGUUUCUCUUAUUUCUCUUAUUAAUGAGGGUAAAAGUAAAGAGUUUUUAGUCCUAGUAAUGAUGGCACUUUGCUUGUGUAACCAUUCAUAGUUUAAUGGAAUUGUGCUCUUGCAUACGCUGAAAAAUAAAUCCGAAGGCCUUGCUUGUUA